AUGCAGGUAGCCGGCAGGGUUUAUGGAGCCGCCGGACCUGAAGUUCAAGCCUUGAGGGUUCAGACCGAUGGUAGACGUGUGGUCACAGCUCAUUGCGAUAGUUUCAUCUUCUGGGACUUGGCCUCAGCGCUUCCCACGCGGAUCCUGCGCGAGGCCACGACCCCAAGGAAGGCCGCAGCGGCAGUGACGUGCCUGGCGUUCUCCGGGGAUGGCCAUAUGUUGGCUGCUGGCCACGCCGAUGGCAGGUUGACUCUGCUGGACCUCCGCGCGCUGCGCACGGGCGAGAAAGGCGCCUCCUCGACCCAUGCGGCGCACCGAGGUGCAGUGCAGGCGCUGUGCUGGAGCAAGGCGAAGACCAAGCAAAACAACGAUGUGCUCUUCUCAUCCUCCGGAUCUCACUUGCUGAUGCGGGAACUCUCUGGGUUUCACGGCUGCAAAGGCCCGGCUCCGGAUUGGGUCAAGGCAGAUGAUCCACGAGGGUCCGGAGUGGUGAUUUCUUCGGGUGAGCCAUGUGGCUUUCGUGGUUAUUCAGGUUUCGCCAAGUUCAGAAAACCGAUGUCAAGCUCGCGAUGGACCACGUGCUUUGCUGCCACGCGACCGAGGAUCUUCAAACUGCUGAACGACCCUUCGUCGGGCUGUGCUGCGCAGUGGGCCUCAUAUUUGUUGACCUCUGUGAUCCUCCUAACUGCCAUCACGAUGCUCUUGGAAUCGAUGCCAGAAUUCAGCACGACACCAGAUGCAUGUCAAUUGGUCCUCACCAUUGAGAACUGCCGUCCGAGACCCUCCGACGCGUUUUAUUACAUCGAGUUUGUUUCCAUCAUCAUCUUCACCAUCGACUACGUGCUACGGGUGGCCACCGCCAGCAGUAUGGAACCGCAUGAGCUGGGGGUGCAGUAUGUGGGCGAAAAAGAAGUCCCUGGAUGGAAAGCGACUCUCAGAUAUAUCACGCAGUGGCUGAACCUGGUAGACCUUUGUGCUAUUGUACCCUUUUAUUUGGAGAUGGCGGGCUUGCAAUUGGGAAGUUCUGCUGUCAUUCGCGUGCUCCGUUUGAUUCGAAUUUUCCGUCUACUCAAAUCGCCGAAGAUGCGAAAUUGUGUGGACAUGAUUGUGGAUAUCGUGAAGGAUGCUUUACCUGGAAUCUUGUCGGUGUUCUCGCUGACCGUGCUGGUGUGUGUCCUCUUUGCGUCCUGCAUCUACUUCGCUGAAGGAACGCAUUACUCAGUGGAGCAUUUUCGGGACACGCAUCCUUAUGGUGCAUACAUCAGGCCCACAAAGCUUGGCUAUGAGAUGGAAUUGUCACCCUUCAGGUCGAUCUUCCAUUCCUUCUGGUGGUUUUUCACCACUGCAACCACUGUUGGAUAUGGGGACGACUUCCCAACAACUACCCUGGGACGGGUCAUCGCGGUGGUGACAUUCUAUGCCGGCGUUGUGCUAGUUGCCAUCAUGCUGACGAUUGUGGGUGGUGCGUUCCAGAAUCAUUACCCGAAGUUUAAGAGGUGGAUGGAGAGUGCGGAUGCUGGGAGCUAG